UGAGACUACUUCUGCGCCACCCCCUUCAUUUCCCCCACAGUCAACAGGAAGACUGGAGGCCAAAGAGAGCAGCUGCACUCUGCAUGAGAGGAAGGACGUAGAGCUCCAGCUGAACAGUCAGAACAAAAGGCAACAACAAAGGCGAAGGAAUGAGCAAGAGUCAGAAAGAAGUGAAGAAACUUCAAUCAGUUUAUCUACAGAACUUGGAAAGGCUAAAUCUAGGGAUUAAGCAGGACAAAAAUAGUUGGAAACCUAAAGAAGGAGACUUUGCUGUGAAAACAGCAAUGGAAAAGCUGCGACAGCCUGCCAUAGCGGGACAAGUUGCCAGAAGCUCAGCACACAGAAUCAGCAGAGAUCUGACCUGCUCCAUCUGCUUGGAUCUUUUCAAGCAGCCUGUGUCGUUGCCCUGUGAUCACACUUUUUGCCAUGGUUGCAUUGAAGGUUACUGGACAGGACCCCGGGGCCCUGGGCAGGGGGGCACAGGCUCUUGCCCUCAGUGCAGAAAGGUAUACCCCGGACAGAGUUACAGGCCCAAUCGUAUUGUUGCCAGCAUUGUGGAGAGUUACUGUCAAGGCCUGGAGGAGAGUGGGACCGGAGUCUGCCUCCCAGAUGCGGGGGUGACGGAAAGGGUUCCCACACCGGUUCCCCGCUGCAACAGACACAGGGAGGAGCUGAAGCUGUACUGCGAGGAGGACCAGGAGCUAGUGUGUCUGGUGUGUGGGGUGUCCCAAGAACACAGAAAUCACACACUGGUGUGUGUUCAGGAGGCUGAACAGAAAUACAGAGCAUCUCUAAACAGCUCAAUGGAUUCCUUAAAAGCUGAGCUCAACACAGCUCUGCAGUGUGACAGGGAAGCUGAGGAAGAGGUUAAAAAGCUUAAGGAGCACACAGCUGAUCUGAAGCAGCGCAUCGAGGCCCAGUUCAGCGACCUACACCAGUUCUUGUAUCAGGAAGAGAAGCUGCUGCAGGUGAAGCUGAAGACAGAGGAGCGGAGAGAGCUGAUCCGCCUGGAUGAGCACAAGGCCCUGUUGUGUGUGGAGAUCUCCCGUCUGCAAAGGGCUGUCCACGAGAUAGAGGACAAACUGAGUGAGCAGGAUCCGUUUACUCUGCUCCGGAGCAUCAAAGUCCUGCUCCAGAGGCCUUCUCUGAAGUUUGAGAAACCUGCGUUUACACCACCCAGUCUAUGUGAGGGUCGUUUUGCAGGACCCCUGCAGUACAGAGUGUGGAAAUCCAUGAAGGGAAGCCUUUAUCCAGUUCCAGCUGCCAUCACAUUUAACUCCAGCACAGCCAAUCCUUGGCUCAGCCUUACGUCCUCCCUCACCUGUGUUCGCUACCAGACCUUCAACCACACUGUGCAGGACAAUCCCAACAGGUUCAAUGCUGCCCUGUCACUGCUUGGAAGCCAAGGCUUCACUCAUGGUCGCCACUACUGGGAGAUUGAAGUCUACAGCAGCACAGUCUGGACUGUGGGGGUGGCUCGGGAGUCAGUGCCCAGAAAGGGAGUCAUCAAAGCCCUUCCAGCAAAUGGCUUCUGGACUCUCUCCCUCUCUUAUGGGAUUCAGUACAUGGCUGGUACAUCCCCUCCAACUGUCCUGUCCCUAGAGGAGCCACUGGCCAGGAUAGGUGUUUAUCUGGACUACAAGAGGGGUCUGGUGUCCUUUUACAAUGCAGAGAGCAUGACACACCUAUACACCUUCAGGGAGACAUUCACAGAGACUCUGUACCCUUACUUCAACUUGGGUUUCUUGGAUAAGGUGCAUGAAAAUGAGCCUCUAAAAGUCUUCUUACCAAAGAUUUAAAGAUCAAAACAGGGGAAAAAGGGAAAAAGAAAAAGAAAAUUUAAAAAGCAAAAACAAAAUGUCAACUUUCUAUUGAAAAGAUAAAUAAAUACAGUCGAUUAGUAAAAUGGAUAAAGCAAAUGUAUGUACCACUAGCAACACAUCGUUAAGUUUGUACAUUAUAUCUGCUACACAUUUAAUUUCAGAGAAGCUGUGCUUCAAUGAAAACCAUGACACAGUGGCUGUGAGAUUAAAAGCCUGUGUUAUUCUUUAUAGGUUAGUUUGAUUUUAAAGUCUUGUAUAAAUGGUUCACAUUUUAAUGUUCAUGUAACAUAUUUUUCUUUGUAUAUCAUCCAUUGCUUCAGCAACUCAUUGUCACCUUGUGUCUAAAACACUCAGUUUUAGUUCCUGUCUCUUUAGAUCCCUCCAAACUGACUGGUCACUAUGAUGGCAGAAUGUGAGGAAUCUACCUGUUCUUUGCUUUUACACACACCAAAAUAUUUACUGGGCGUUAGUAUGUAAAAGCAUUGCAGGGGGAUGUACAUAAGUAAUGGAAGAAAAGUCUGAACUACAAGCGAGGCAUCUCAGUGUCAUCAUUGGUGUGAUGUAUAUGAGGUAGCUGACAUGUACAUGUUUUUGUUAUUUCAUAUGGUGUCAUAAUCUAAUGAUGUGGUCCAUAUAAGGAUCAUGGAGGAUAUGUUUUCUUGUUUUAUUUUUUGCCUGUAAAAGAAAGUCAGGUUUUAUAGUCUUUUUAAGAGCACACACUGCAAUAAACAUCUUUGUACUAUGAUGGCUGAAUUGACAGCAAUGUCAACUCAAGUUGAUCCAAACCUGAUGUUUGUUAAGGGGACAUUCAACAUCACACAGAAUAAAAAUAUAUGUAAACUUAAAA